CCACCUAUUACGAAUAUCAUAUAAGACGUUAGUUUUCUAUGUCAUUUUCUUUGUUAUGUUAAAAUUAUAUGGGUCGAUAUAAAUCAAGAGCACACUGCCAACGCCUAUCACUAAAUAAUCAGAAACAAUAUGUUCUGCUGUUCAUCACUUAACGUGCCUGAACUGCGCAUUAUCGUUUGUUGGGAUCAUCCGUUCUAUGUGGUUGUUGUCCCAUGAUAUGGGUUCUGACCAAAGAGUGCAGAGAAGUUCAGGAGCACUAUGACCUCAGUUACCUUCUCACGUUCACUAAGAACACGACCGCGCGCGCAUGCAGCUCCCUCUGCCCUGUCUUGUUCUAUGCUGAUAGAGAGGCGCAUAUCUUUGGAUCCCCACCCUCACAAGCCAACCGGCAGUGCACUCAUCUAGGAUAACUCUACGUUGGAAAUUAACGAAGGACGGUUGGAUAUAUGCCUUUUCCUAACCGUGGAUUGCGUUGUGACUGCUGAUGGUUUUAAUUUUGUAGCUUAUUGCCGUUUGGAUUGCUGCCACCCGUGCGUUUAUGUGGUCCAUUUGGAGACGUUCCUUUGGGUUGCCUGUAUUCGAUUGUAAAAAAAAAAAAAAAGGUUUUGUUUCCCGCGCAUCUCUCAAAUGACUGAGCGCGGCGUGAAGAGGAGACCGCGUUCUCCACCUCCGUUCUAUGUUAAAACCUUGGGGUAAAGUUUUCAUGGACGGUGCCCUGGAUUUUCCACUGCCAUCUCUUUGACCGGGGUCUUUGUUUUUCAAUCAGAGAACGAGUAUUUUACCACGCACACAAGGGGUGCCUUUUGGAUUCUAUUUCCAAAAUGAAGUCCGUUUUUAUCCGAGUUGGCGAACUCUACAUUCUGAUCCUCUGGCUUCAAUUAGUGCCUCCGAUAGAGGGUCGAGUGGAGGGCUGCCCAGCGCCAUGCAUAUGCCACAGCGAGCCACGGCCCACCCUGGCCUGCCAGCAGCAGGGCCUCUACUCCAUCCCCACAGAGAUCCCUGUCCACAGCCAACGAAUUUUCCUCCAGAACAACAAGCUAACUGUGGUGCGCUCCACCAGCUUCAGCCCCUGCAGGAACCUUACCGUCCUCUGGCUCUACUCCAACAACAUCAGCCACAUUGAGGCCGGGGCCUUUUACGGCCUGGAGAGGCUGGAGGAGCUGGACAUAGGGGACAAUGAUUUAAGGAUCAUCAGCCCCACAGCUUUCAGAGGCCUCUCCAGACUGCACACCCUGCAUCUGCACAGGUGUGGCUUGUCUGAGCUGCCUGUGGGUGUGUUUAGGGGACUCUUUUCCCUGCAGCACCUCUAUCUCCAGGACAACAGUUUACUAACUCUGCAUGACGAUACGUUUCUGGACCUGGCUAACCUGACCUACCUGUUCCUCCACAACAACAAGAUAAAGACUGUGACGGAUCACAUGCUGCGCGGCUUGGUAAGCCUGGAUCGCUUGCUUCUCCAUCAGAAUCUAGUGACCUUUGUCCAACGCAAGGCAUUUCAUGACCUGCGCAAGCUGACCACUUUGUUUCUGUUCUUCAAUAAUUUAACAGUGUUGACAGGGGAGACCAUGGACCCAUUGGUGUCCCUCCAGUACCUGCGUCUGAAUGGGAACCAGUGGAUCUGUGACUGCCGGGCCAGGACCCUGUGGGACUGGUUCAAGGGCUUCAAAGGGUCUAGCUCAGAGCUUGAGUGCCAUGUUCCAGCCAGACUGGCUGGGAAAGACCUGAAACGGUUAAAGAGCCCUGACCUGGAGGGUUGUUAUGAGAGCUCUCAACAUACUUGGGUUAGUGUGUUCAGUUCUAAGGCUCGCUCUGGAAAACUCACCACGGAGAGUCCACUUAGGGCUGGUAUUCCUAGGUGCUGCCUCUCAGACAACGACAAAUCCUCCAUCAUCUCCAGUAAGGGUCUUCCAGAUCAGUCCUCCUACAACAGCAGACAAAUCACCAACAAUCCUCUGAAGGAGAAGGAAAACAUCUCCAAAACUAAGCUUAUGGAAGCUGACCCCAACGAACCCCAGAACAAAGAGAGCCUGAACGAUGGGCCAGGAGGAACAUUAUCUAACAAUCUGGACCAUUCAUCAGAGGAUCUAGAUCCCUCCAAUGACCCUGAAAAAAAGAAAAUGUGUACAAAGGAGAACAUUUCAGACUCUCUGUGUCUCAAGUCCCAAGGAUCUACAAUCGGAGCAUGGAGGCUUAUCAUUCUUCUUUUGUUUUGGCUAUCCUUAGACUUCUGUUAGGAAUUAAAAUCACAGAAGGAUAAUAUGGGCCAGUGUAAGGCCAGUACAGGAGGCCCUGCUAAGUACCAGGGGUGGAAAGGGGAAAAUAUUUCAUAGAUCUAAAGAUAUGAAUCUGAAAAGAGAAAUGGAAGCGCUAAAAAAACACACAUCAACAAAUGGAUGCCUUUCUACAGUAUGUCAAUUCCAAAUGUAUAUAUUUCAUGGAUUUGUGCCCAGUUGAUACUGUAUGUUUUGCUCAGCUAUGAAAAUGACUUCUUCUGGGAGGUCCUAACGUCUCUAAGCUUACUCUGCCAAUGGUGGUGACUGGUUAUUACAAAGACAAUGAAACAGUGCUACUGUUUAAAAUCCAGAACCUUUCGAGGUUUCCUUCACAACAACCCCAAAGAUGUGACAGAUCUUACUCCAUGUAUUUUUGUUCAUCCUUUUUUUUUUUAGAGUGAAACAUUGAUUUAAAUGCAAUUUUUAUGUUCAUAAGUGUAAACGCACAAAUGCUUUGGUCUCGAUUCAAUCCGUCUCGCCGAAGUUCAGCCUUAGCCAGAUUGAGCUGACAUAUGCAGCGUUCACCGUGAAUGCAGUCUCCUCGAACGUAGGAACAUUGCCUUUAAGUUUCAAACAGGUUGUCAUGCUGACAUUCAGCACUACAGAUUGAACCGAGACCUUGAUAUUUCUGCGUUUUGUUUUCUUGUCACGCUGUGGUUACAGUUAGCAUUCUCAAAAGAGUGCUGUCUAUUCGUUCACUCUUCAUUCAUAUGCAUUUUAUUUUACUUGUGUAAAAGUAUAAAUAUAUUACAAAUAAAGUAUUCUCUUUCUUA